ACUUUGGAGGGUGAUUUGCAUCCCCUUAAAGUGUUUAAUGGCAGAUAAAACAAAAUACGUGUCGCUUAGUUUUUAAUCUACAAUAACAUGUUACAAAAGAUAUCAAAUCGGAGAGAUCGACCUGGGAUACCUUCCUUGUUAAAGAAAUACGUGCGGCCGUUAUAGAGAUCGAAAUUGGACCCGGCCAAAAUCCUUCCAGAUAAUUUUAUCAGCUGAUCGGCCUAACUAAUACGUAAGAAACUGUCUGUAAGCUACAACCCCUCUAGUACAUCAUACCUACUUAAGGGGGUGCCCUGGUCGAUUUUGACGUUGACGUACAUGUCUCCAAACAUUGAGGUUCACGUAUCUUAUCGCGAAUAAAGGCUCAACAGCCGAUGCAGAAUUCUGACCAAAAACGCUCCAAUACAUUUCAAUACUCCACGGACUCUACUAAAUCGCAAUACAUAUUUUCUUAACCGUGAAACCUUGCCAGUGACGAGAGUCAUCCUUGAAACGAUGUUCGAACCAGCCUUGUACUCAGCCAACGACAAACAGGUUCGUGAGGAGACCAGCGAAUACAUUGAAGAGUUUUCCGAUGAAAUUGGCCAAAUGUCAGGACGGUGCCUUGAUAUUGGAAGUGGACCCGGCCAUAUAGUAGUCGAUUUACUCCUUCCAAAGUUGAAUCCGAAGUCUACCGUUAUCUGCUCUGACAUUUCCCGACCGAUGUUGGACUACGCUAAAGAAAAAUAUGGCGCGGAAGAGCGAAUAUCUUUCCUCGAGCUGGACAUUGAGUCCCCAACGCUGGUCGAAUAUCUAGGUGAAAAAUUUGAUCACGUCACAUCGUUCUAUUGUUUACAGUUUUGUCAAGACAUGCGCCAAGUCGUCAAGAACAUCUUCGACCUAUUGCAACCUGGAGGUACUGUUCUCUUCACCUCAGUGUGCAAUCAUCCUUGUGAGGACGCUUACAAGAUACUGGCAGCUGUACCUCGAUACAAGCGCUACAUGAUGGAUGUGGACCGUUUCGUUGGGGUAUUUCAGCACGCUGAACGCCCGCGUGAGACUCUGAAAAGUUUGCUUCGAGACGUUGGCUUUGAGGUCUGCCACUGCAGUAACAGACACACGAGUUACAUUUACGACACUCCCGAUGCUCAUACCGGAUUCAUGGCGUCUAUCGACCCCUUCAUGUCCCGCAUGCCGGAUGAACUACAGCGGGAGUACUUGAUAGAUCUGGGCAUAGAAGCAAGAAGGCACACAUUCAUCGUCAACAAGGAUGGGAAUGACGAUUGUAGCAUACUGUCCAGACGCCAUACCUUUGUAGUUUACUUGAAAAAGCCAUUGGUCCACUGAUAGACAGCCAAAUAAUUAAUAAAAGUCGAUAUAUUAAUCAUCGUUCGUGUUCCGAAUGGCUUACGUGUCCCAUUAACCACGUCUUUUUUUUUAAUUCGAUACAUUGAGAAGAACGUGCGUUAUAUGGUGAAUCUGCAAAUGAAAUAAAGACUUGAAAAGUUGAUCAGCAAAGCUGAUCUCGUACUGUAGCAACAACGUUUUCUCAAGGAACUAUUCACUAACCGCAGAUAAGGUGACAAGCGAUUACAAAAUUUCACACGAUUCUCAAUAAUUUUACUCGACUUCGGAAACGGUUUGAAGCGAUUUCAGAUGAUUUUAAUAUCAAGGAUAUUCAGUGGUUACGAAGAACUUCUACCGUGAUUUCAAACGAUUUCAAGUGAUAACCGGUUGAAUUCGAAUUGAUUUGUGCUUGGGUUCAACUUUGUUGUAAGCCUGAGUAUAAAUGUAUAAUGUGUUUCUUGUAAUUAUUAAAAUAUCACACUGUAA